AUGUCCUCGCUGGUGAAGGAGGACCUGGCGAAGAGACUGUUCGGGCCCCGGCGGCGGAGGCUGCAGGAGUUCAUCGAGGUGGAGGGCUCGGGCGCGGGGCGCUGCUACCUGUGCGCCGCAGUGACUAAAAAUGAAGAAGUAGAAAUAUGUAUGGUUAAACACUUGCGAGUGGAUCAAGAGGAGAAAUAUGAAAUAAUUGAAAAGUGGUUUUUGAAAGAUCUGGAGAUGAUUGAUGGAAAAGAAGCAGAUACUGAUAAUCCGUAUUUUGAUAUGCAUUUCCACAAAGUCUACAACCUGGAAGCAUAUAGUUGUGCAUCUAAAUAUACCUUUGCUCGAACACUAAACAAACUCAAUGAAAUGUACCUUAAGAAGGACUUGAAAAUUGUGAACUUUGAUGACACCUACCUAAACGAUGAUUCAAUCUGGUCAUCCAACAAUAGGGAUUGCUUGGUACUUAUGAGAAUAUGCUUCUAUGCUUCCAACCUUUUGUGUCUCUCCCUGUGUCCUUUGUCCUAAAGAUACAUUUUCUAACAUUAAGAUGACUGGUUGACUUUCACUGACCAGCAUUUCAUAAAUCAUCUGAUCAAAAAGAUAGUAAGUGAUACGCAGUAUCUGCUUUUUAAUUUUACAUAUAAGUAAAAAAUGGAACAUACUUUU